ACGAAACCGUUCCUUCAGUAGAUGUAGAAUUUGAUGGUUUUCUUUGGACAGAAGAAAACACAACCGACGGAACAGAACACGACUCUGCCAUCAGGUUCCUUUGCAAGUUUUCAUUAUUACGAUAUCAAAGCCUCUACUACCGUAUUAUAUGGUAUUUGGACGACAUUGAAGUCGACUUAAACCAAGUAGUCUCAGAAUCCACAAAACGGAAUGCGACUAUAACAGCAUACGAAAUUCUAGAAAAGGGGAAAAAACUGGGAACAAUGAUACAAUGCAGAGUAGGGGCUAUGCUUCAAGAGGAUGUAAAAGGAUGCACGACAAAAGCCAGUUCAUUUUUUUUUGCAGGGAUUAAGGUGCUUACUCCAAAAGUCACUUUAUCUACAGAAACAGUUUCAAUAAUAAAGCUUCAAUCCAACGUUCCCUUUGCUGAUUCUUUUGUCUUAUAUGGACAGACGCCAUUUGAAAGAAGUCUGAGUAUAUAUUUGUCAAAUCCAAGCGAUACCGAUUCUACCUGCAAGGGGCGGUCUACAAAUUAUUAUAAAUGUGAGCAGUUAAUUCCUUCCUUAAGUUUUCCUCGUCGUUUUGAAAAUGAUGGUAAGCACAUUGACUGGAAUAAAACUAUAGAGUUUCAAGUGACAGUCAAGAAAAGCAUUCAAUAUGGUUUUCCACCAAGCGAAGUCACUCUUCGUUUAAAGACUGGAGACGUUCAUGGCCAUGGAAGCAAAUUCUUUGAAAAUGUAUUUCUGCGAGAUGUUUUGGUACAACUCAUCGAUGAGGAUCCAAAGGCGCUGCCCUCCUGCCAUUCUGUCACUGAUCCUCAUAUGAUGUCCUUUGACAAAGUGUGAGUGAAAUUAUAAAUUGGUAUUUCAAAGUUUCAUCGCUCAG